AGGGACACAUAAAUAGGCAAAUAGUCCUAAGUUGCAGUUCGACUCGACCAUUAGCGACCGUCUUUGGUUUUGUUUCUCAUCUCUCUAUUCCAAUCGGUUUGGUGAGUGGGUCGAAGAGUGAUUGUGUUCGGGAACAAUCUCAUAAAUCUAAACACAGUUUUGAGUUUGUUUUUGGCGGUAAAUCAAAGAUGUCGGGCAAAGGCGCCAAGGGUCUGAUUAUGGGCAAGACCGCUGCGGCCAACAACGCCAACAAGGAUAAGGACAAAGACAAGAAGAAACCCAUCUCUCGUUCUUCCAGAGCCGGUCUUCAGUUCCCUGUUGGUCGUAUCCACCGUCUCUUGAAAUUGAGGACCACAGCCAAUGGGAGAGUUGGAGCUACUGCGGCGGUUUACUCUGCUGCAAUCCUGGAGUAUCUGACUGCUGAGGUUUUGGAGUUGGCUGGCAAUGCAAGCAAGGAUCUGAAGGUGAAGCGUAUCACUCCAAGGCAUCUUCAGCUUGCCAUUCGUGGAGACGAAGAACUUGAUACUCUGAUCAAGGGAACCAUUGCCGGUGGAGGAGUGAUCCCCCACAUCCACAAGUCGCUCAUUAAUAAGUCAUCCAAGGACUGAGCUGACCAUAGGUUUUUUGGCGCGACUUUUUCUUCCAACUACUGAAAAACACAAGUUAUUCUGUCUUUUAUGGGCAGGAUAAUGACUGUGCUUAAUUUGCUGUUAGGGAUAUUUUAUUGUGGAUAAUGAAUGUUAUAUGAGAUUAUUUAGUUAACCUUACUUUCCAUUUACCAAUCAGCUUAUCUUGUGAUGGUUUCCUUUUUCUUUUUCAUGUUUCCGGUUAGAAAAAUUACAGGAGUUCACGUUCCGAGUCUCCUUUGUUAUUGAUUUAAUCACGAUAUAUGUAUUAGAUUUUGUAGAAA